GGGGCCGACUCUGUUGACGUCCCCACGCCGUCGGGCAGCGGCGGAAGCACCUGUGCGUGGGCAUCAGCGCGGGCCGUUUGGGAGCCGGUGCCGAGGAGAUCUCACGCGCGAGCUUCCGAUUCCUGCCGGGUGUCCGGGGCCCGCUAUGCCUUUGCCCGGGCCGCGAGUCGUGGGUCUGUUGGCCGCGUGGCGGCCGCUGUUCCGGGGCCGGCUCCUGCUGGUCACCAACACGUUGGGCUGCGGGACGCUCAUGGCGGCCGGGGACGGGGUGCGCCAGGCCUGGGAGCGACGGGUGCCCAAGGGCUCCUCCGGGCCGCCCCAACCGAUGGACCUUCGCCGCACCGCACGCAUGUUUGCCAUGGGUUGUAGCAUGGGCCCCUUUCUGCACUACUGGUACCUGUGGCUCGACAAACUCUUCCCCGCCAUGGGAUUUAAAGACAUUCGAACCAUCCUGAAGAAGGUGCUCCUUGACCAGCUGGUGGCAUCCCCCAUCAUGGGCUUGUGGUACUUCCUGGGGCUGGGCUGCUUAGAGGGCCAGAGCCUGGACAAAACCUGCCAGGAGCUGCAGGAGAAGUUCUGGGAAUUCUACAAGGCUGAUUGGUGUGUGUGGCCAGCAGCCCAGCUGGUGAACUUCCUUUUUGUGCCUGCCCAGUACCGAGUGAUGUAUGUCAACAGCGUGACCUUGGGCUGGGACACCUACCUCUCCUACCUAAAGUACCGGGACCGGCACCCUGGCUGCAUGGGCCUCACCUCCCGCACUGACUGAGUCAGGACGAGGAUCUGAGCACUUGGCAGCGGUAUUGCAGCGGGCCCAGGCAGGGGUAUCUGGGCCUGGGCCUAGAGCAAGGCAGUGGCCACCAGCUCUCUAAACACAACUGGACCUUCCAGACCUAAUCACAGAUUGCCAUUUAACUUCUUAACUGACUUACUGUAUCCAGGAGAGAGAGAGGAGUACGAGCAGAGUGCAGUCAGACCUGGAGUCAGCCCGCCACACUGUGCCAAGUAGGAUCCUCCCGCUCUGGGGGAUCUCAAAGCACUCGAGCCCCUUGGAGGGGCCCCCUUUGUGCGUCAUUCACAAGGCCAGUGCCUGCUUUGAAAGCAGUAUGAUUAGGCGAGCCUCUUUUAACACUGGACUCCAGGACGUCUAGGUUAGAGUCCUUGGGAUUGAGGGCCCACGCAGGAACAGACAGGUUGUUGGCCUUGGGUUUCCCUGACCCCAGAUCAGAAAGUAUAAAUCCUGGCGGUCCUCAGUCAGCUCUCGACCGGGGCCAAGGCCAGAGGGUUCAUUGCUGGGGCUUGGCAGGUGAGCAAGACCAGACCUGGGAGAUGCUGGGGAAUCCGGAGCUCCUUUGGUCUCCUUGUCUUGGCCUUGGGUAGGAGGCUUGUUCUAGAAUGGAAGAUGACUUGGCCUAAUAAAGAUUCUAAUCCUGA